AUGGUUAGAUAUAAUGGGCUGGUUGUAGAAAAGAAAAGUGGAAGAAGAAAGAAACUCAGCAGACGACAUCGACCUCCUGAGUCCCAAUUUACGAACCUCCGCCUACGAUCUAUGUCCGUAAACCCUAAAUUCCACCACCAGAUGAUUCUCUCUCUCCUCUCCGAAAAUAUUCAGCAUUGUAAAGCAAUGGAGUCGAUGAUCGAACUCUGCGAUCUGAUCGCACAAAAUCCUUCGCAAUUUGCUGAUAAAUUGGCUUGGAUUUGUGGACGAUGUCCACCAAUUGACUCUGUACUCGCCACCGCUAGAUUUCUUUCUAAAUGCCCCAAUUUCGACGACAUGAGGCCCUAA